AUGGCUCCCACCAAGCGCUCCUCCGGUUCAGCACCUCUUGCCCCAAAGCGUCCACGACUCCCAAGACGACCUGAAGAACAUGAAGAUUUACUGACUGACGAGUCUGAGAUACCUUACCGACCAUUGACUACACUGCCAGCCCGCACUUGGAGUAGUCAAUCGACCACCGCCGCCCAAAUAGCUCGUAAAGGCCUUCUCCAUUCUUCCGAAACUCCCACUGGAAGAAGCAGUCCUAGAAGGGUAGAAUUUCAUCUCCCCGGCGACUAUACUGACCUUGUUGAAGCGCAGGAGCAGGCUCAAGCAAUAGAGGUGCCAGAGGUGGAGGAAAUAGUUGAUACCAGCCACUCAGAGUAUGAUGAUUCUCCAGAGAACGAGCCCGAGAGUUCUGAGGAGAAUGAGGAUGAACCGGAGGAUGAACCUCAAGCCUCCACCCAGAGGUCUCAGACUGUCGGAAAGAGACCUCGCACAGCUCCGCCGACUACUGCCAAAGCACUGGGCAAUGCUCGGAGGAAAGCAACUGGCGCAGUAGCGGAGGUAAUUGCUUCCUCCGACGUGUCAGUGGACGUGAUACAGAGGGGAGCUCGACUGGGCACAAAUGUAAUCCAGAAACAAGGUCAGGGUAGAGCAGCACCCAUUUCGGAACCCAGCGAGAAUGUAUUUCAGAGAGCACUCCCGGCAUCCCGGAGAGCACUGCCGGCAUCCCAGAGAGCACCCACUUCGGCACCCAGCCAGAAUACAUCUCAGAGAGCACUCCCGGCAUCCCAGAGAGCACCGCCAAUACCCACACAGUCUAGGCCUUCUGAACCUGUUUAUUAUCAUGAUUACAGCUCUUCGACGCGCCAUAUCGAUUUUUCCUCAAUACGCUCUCGAUACGGGGAGUCCUCACCUACUCACCGGCCAUAUCGUUCUUCACCUCCUAUUGACGGAAUUGGCGAGAGCUCUGUGAGCAGUCCUCGGAUUCCUUCAAGCCCUCAAAUUCCUUCAGCCCAACCUCACAGCCAAAUUCGAUCGCAAGGAGUCUACGAAAUCGACUAUCUUCCCUCAUCCAGGGAGAACGAGAAUGCUCUGACGGCGGAAAGCGAGGUUCGUAUUCCAGGGAGUACUCAUGACGUCUUUGAGAACACUGGCGAUAUUCCUUCGAGCCAAUUGACUCAGAGGUCUUUGUUACCGAACUCGAGGAGUGCAAAUAUACUCUCAAUGCAAGCACAGAGGAUUGAGAAAGAGUGCAGCAUAUUAAUCGGGGAGCAUACGCUUCUACAUGAGCCGUUUCCACCUGCAGCAAGACUUUCAAUACUGGUAGUGAGCAUGUGGGCAACUGCAAGUCUCCGAGUGGGGUGUAGAGUAGACCUUGAUGAGGUCGUAAUUAAACAGGUCAGAAGUCUGCACUCCCGUGUCCAUUCCCACUUGAUGCACGAGGUGAAAGGGUGCCUGGCAGACUCUACGAUAUACGGGCUUGGAAAUCUUGUGGGGCCUGAGGCAAGGGCGGCUCAAGUCGAAUAUCUUUUGAAGAAUGAUCGUUUCUUGAGCCUCCAGCAGCAUUACGAGAGCUACCGACUACGAUUCCUUGCCCCGGAAAUCGUCGAUAUAUUGUAUUUUAAAUACUUUGAUGGCGUCAGGAUGCGAGGGGUUAGGGACCCCGAAUUCCUAGAGCGGAUAACCCCUACACUCAUUUGCUUGAUAUCGACGGCGAUCUGGCACGGCAUUCGGGCGUGGUCGACAGGGACUUACCUUAAGCCUGAUCAUUUUCAGUCGCAGAAUGAGAGCGUUGUUAAAACGUUCAACCGGAUGAGUAACACAUGGAAGGGUAGGAGUAGACAGAAUCAGGAGGCAACCUUGGAGGUAAUCAAGGAUAAUCUUCGAGAAAAGAUACGAGAAAAGAAGGGUGUAACGAUUGAGGUGAUACCGGAGGAUGGGUUUAGCGAGGACGAUGAAGCUUUGGCUGCGGAUCUUGCCGCAUUCCGAGAUGCUCGGAGAGCACUCAGGGGUGCUCCAGGAGGUCCUUCAAGUUCUGAAAAGGGCCAGGACGAGGUGAUUCAUGCCCAACUUCGCGGCAUUGACAGUGAAGAGGAGGUAGAGGAGGAAGAGGAGGAGCAAAAACUACCAGUAGUGGGGGAAUGCGAAGGGGGCGGGGAGGAAGAUGUCUAG